AUGGCUCUCUUGAGCAGAUCCCUGAGUCGCCAGUUGUGUCCCGUCAGUAGGGCUAUACAGGAUGCCAGGUGGCUCCAGCCCCAGACCUUGUUGCGGCUACCCGAUGCCUGGGGACUCCCCACCACGCAGCCGAGCCGGGGCAAGGCACGCGGGAACGAGUACCAGCCGAGCAACAUCAAACGCAAGCACAAGCACGGCUGGGUCAAGCGCUUGAGCACCCCGGCGGGUGUCCAGGUCAUCCUUCGCCGCAUGCUCAAGGGCCGAAAAUCGCUGAGCCACUGA